AUGGCUACGUGUUCGCCCCAGUAUUUGAUGCCUCCAGAUACUCGAAGACCCAUGGGUGUAUUGAAUAUUCUUGGAGGAAGAGUUGCGCCCUUAAAAAUGGUUGAAGAAAAGAUUGGGCUUUUAGGUAUUAUUCAAAAGGGUGGUUCAAGUGUUCCUCGCUUCAAAUGUUCGACCAACUCUCAUAGUGUUAAUCAGCUUCAAGGUAAGGACCCAUUUCUGAAUCUGCAUCCAGAGAUUUCUAUGCUACGAGGCGAGAAGAAUGCCACUACGACCAAUCCAAGACAGGACAAUUUGAGUGGAAGUGUUACUGAGAGUGUGAGAGAUUCGUCAAGUUUGAACAAUUACAAUGAGGCCAAGAUUAAGGUUAUUGGUGUUGGAGGUGGUGGGUCAAAUGCAGUUAAUCGUAUGAUUGAGAGUGCAAUGAAUGGUGUAGAGUUCUGGAUUGUCAACACUGAUACUCAGGCCCUGAGGAUGUCCCCUGUGUUUUCUGAGAAUCGGUUACAAAUCGGUCAAGAGUUAACCAGAGGACUUGGUGCUGGUGGGAACCCAGACAUUGGGAUGAAUGCUGCUAAAGAAAGCAAAGAAGCUAUAGAAGAGGCAGUUUAUGGAUCUGACAUGGUCUUUGUUACUGCUGGAAUGGGUGGGGGAACAGGAACCGGUGGAGCUCCUGUAAUUGCAGAUGACAUUCUUCGACAAGGUGUUCGUGGAAUAUCUGAUAUAAUCACGAUUCCUGGGCUAGUGAAUGUAGAUUUUGCAGAUGUGCGAGCUAUUAUGGCAAAUGCUGGUUCUUCGUUGAUGGGGAUAGGGGCCGCAACAGGAAAGUCCAGGGCCAGAGAUGCUGCAUUAAAUGCCAUUCAAUCUCCUUUGUUGGAUAUUGGGAUAGAGAGGGCCACAGGAAUUGUGUGGAAUAUAACUGGUGGCAGUGAUUUAACAUUGUUUGAGGUAAAUGCUGCAGCAGAGGUUAUCUACGAUCUCGUGGAUCCUAGUGCUAACCUGAUAUUUGGUGCUGUAAUAGAUCCAUCACUAAGUGGGCAAGUAAGUAUAACUUUGAUUGCCACUGGAUUUAAACGACAAGAGGAAAAUGAUAGAAGAUCGCUGCAGGCAAAUCAGCUGACGCAGGGUGAUAUCAGCUUUGGAAUUAAUAGGCGAUCUGCAUCCUCGUUGGAAGGUGGUUCUGUGGAGAUCCCCGAGUUUUUGAGGAAGAAAGGACGCUCCCGUUAUCCAAGAGCUUAA